AUGUUCUCAAGGAGCCCGGCAAUCAUCACAUCGGCUUUAGCAGCAUUUUUCGUCCUUGGGUACUUUGUCAUCAUCUUAAGAGAGGACGGGAGGUGGCCCUUCACAUCUUCCAACCACCGACUGAGCGCCAGCCAUGACUCGAAACACAACGCCGUGACACAAGGCUCGAGCGCUGGAAAGUCGAUUAGCACUUAUCGCGAGAUCUUCUCCGUCUCGACUUCACAGAAACGUUACUUCGAGAUCAAAGGUUUCGAAGCCUACAACGCCAGCAACCCAAGCAUUCUUCCGCACCCGUCGAGAAAUGGGAGCUACAUCGUCGUCACACAACGCGAGCGCAAGACGUUCGAUACGUAUCAGAUGGUCUGCGAGGCCGUCUUUCAGAGCGACGUCCUGGAAUGCACAGCUCCCCCGGUAAAUCUAAAUAUGUCGCAAGUCCAUGGUUCGAAGUGCGACGGACGAGCAAAGUGGCAUAAUUUUGUCACGGGCCCUCACGAUGCACGAGUCUUUCAAGGCCCUGAUGGUUCUUACAUCGUCUACGGCUCGGCCUCGGACUACACCUGCCUUGGCCAAUGGAUCCAGGCCUUCCGUCCGCUGAUAGAAGUCUACGACGACGACAAGGCCUCCGUUGCUUCGACGCAUCCGGGCUUCACCAACGCCACCGAAAUGCGCCGACCAGAUCGCAUCGCCUCCCCAAUGGAGAAAAAUUGGUUCACCUUCUGGGAUCGCGAAGGCCAGAUCUACGUCCACCACGACCUCGUUCCCAAACGAGUCUUUGCGAGACUAAUCGCCGACGGCUCAGUCGGAAAAGACCUGGCGCCUUUUGCCACGACCGAUGCUAUGUGUUUAGACCAAGUUCUACCUCCAUGCACGCGAGAACACCAAGUCGCGAUCCAUCAGGCCACCAACUCGUUGUCGAUAACGCUUUGUAAGCGGUCCGACGAAAAGUGCUGGCCAUCCGACGACAACACCUUCGUCAUGGCCAUUUUUCAGCAGAAAUACAGCCAGCCCUUCAAUCUGGUCUAUCGACCGUACGCCGUCCUCUUUCGACAGAGCGCGCCAUUUUCCAUCUACGCCGUCUCUCAGAGAUCGUUCUGGGUCCAUGGUCACCGCGUGUUGAGUGGAGAAGAGGAUUUCCUUGACAACUUCAAAAACAAAACUUCUGGUAAGGGUAAUCGUAAGCGAGAGCUGCCAGAGAGCCCUGCCGAGUUCCAUUUCCUCACGAGCAUGAAUUGGAAUCUUCCUGGGGCGUCGUAUCAUGGUUAUAUCGACGAUGUUAUUAUCCUGGGGCUUGGUAUCGAGGAUGAGAGGAGUGGCGGCAUUGAUGUUCUGGCGGGCGAUCUGCUGCAAGACCUUGCAUAUUGCACAGGUGCUUAA